ACAUAGGGAUGAAUAUAUGUAGUAAAACUCGUUAUCAGUCCUUGUAAAUGCAGGGCUUUUAAUGAUUUUGUAAGAUAUUAAUUUUUAGCCUAUAUUUCUAGAAUAAGAGUGUAGCUCGUGUCAGAGCCUGCAGCGCCACACAGGGUCCUCUCGGUCCUCCGCCCUUUUGUUGUUAUGACGACGAGGUCGUAAAUCCGCCAUGUUUUCCCCUGUUGUAGCGUUGCGACAGGGACGGAGAGCUCGAACGACAUGAGUGAAGAAAAUAAUAAUACGGCAGAAACAGUGAGCGAGCAGCCGGAGCGCGGCGGGAUCAUCACCAUCCAGACUGCACUGGGCGACGAAGAUGAAGAUAUUCACAAAUGUGGCCGAUGUGGAGAAGAGUUUUCCACUUUGGAUACCUUCAUUCAGCAUAAGCUUAGUCGGAGCUGUCAACGUCCUGUACCGGAUUCACAGUCAAAUGGUCUCAGUGGAGGUGCUGCUCCCAAGGUGAAUGCCGGUGAUGAUGGCCAACCUUCAGAAGACAAAGAGAAAUCCAAAACAGAUGAGGAGGAUGGUGUGGUGACCACCACCAGCAGAAAGAGAAGUCGCGUAUCAAAACACCAUGUCGAGUCCGAAGAUGGAGAGGACCAGAGUUUGGAUCCUACUAAAUUUGUUGUGAAGCUUACUGCAGACGGACGCUACAUUUGUCAUAUAUGUGAGAAGACUUUUAAAACGACGAAUAUCUUGAGGACACACUUGUUCACACACACAGACAGGAAGGAUUUUAAGUGUGAACUGUGUGGAACUGCAUUCAGAACCAAGGGCUCGCUGAUUCGCCAUAAAAGGCGGCACACAGAUGAGCGGCCUUACCGGUGCAAUCAGUGCGGCCUCGCCUUCAGAGAGUCCGGUGCCCUGACUAGACACCUGAAGUCCCUCACUCCCUGUACAGAGAAGAUCCGUUACAGCCAGUGCAAAGAAAUCCUGGUCAGCAAAGAAGGCAUUCGCACAGAGGUCCAGCAGCCACCUGUGCUCUCUCAAAAAGAGCAGCCGAUGCCCGUAGUCAGUGUGGUGGAGGCUGCCCAACAUGGCAUUCAUAUACAGGUGGUGGAAGACCUAGGACAAGUACAUCAGGUGGUGUCACAGUCUCCAACUGAAGCUGUGGUCGAGGGAGACAGUUUGAUCUGCCAGGCCAUCAUCAAUUCAGGCAUUGCCCUGGAAACUGAGGCCACAGAGGCAGCAGUGCAGGCCGAGGCACGGUCACCUAAAGGUCCUGAGGCUGAGGCAAGGCUUGCAGAGAUUCAGGUGACUGAGGAGUGUGUGGAGGUGGAAGAAGAGACCGUGGACUCUUCAGAGAAGGAAGGGGAAGCAACACCAUCUAAGUCACACAAAUGUCCUCACUGCGAUCGAGUCUUCAGAACAAUGUCUCACCUACGCAUUCACAUCAAAGGCCAUGUUGGCUACAAGCCAUUUAAGUGCCUCACAUGUCAGAAGGAGUUUCUAACGGGCUACAUGCUGAAGAAGCACAUGGAGGUGCAUGUGAGUGAGCGCAGGUAUAAGUGUGGCGAGUGUGGCAAGCUAUUCAAAGCCAUUGGGCAUGUGCGGGAGCACAUGCGGGCGCAUUCCAGUGAGCGGCCUCACCACUGCAACCUGUGCGACAAGAGCUACAAGACAAAGAAUGCACUCCAGGUCCACCAUCGCACACACGGAGAAGAUAAGCCGUAUGUGUGUCCACACUGCUCUCGUGGUUUUCGGGAAAAAGGUGCUCUGGUGCGUCACAUUCGCCACCACACCGGUGAGAAACCCUUCAAAUGCUCCAAAUGCGGCCGGGGCUUCGCUGAGCAUGGCACUCUAAACCGCCAUUUACGAUCUAAAGGAGGCUGUUAUGCAGUGCAACAAAAGGAUCCAGAUCAGGUGUUGAGUACUGAGGAACAGCAGGAGUCCACAGACAGUGUGGCAGCCACCAUUAUCACUGAGGACCCACACACAGUGCUAGUAGAAUUCUCCUCUGUGGUGGCUGAUACUCAGGAGUACAUCAUAGGAGCACCAGCUGAUGAAACAGCGCAAGGGGAGGAGGUGUCCAUUAUUCAGGACAAUCAUAGCCAGAUGGACAGCCAAAUCAUGAAGGUUGUGCAGCAUAUUGUGAGUCAGUCGCAUGGUAGCCACCAGAUCAUUGUGCGGAAUGUGGGUGCUGACGAGAGCCCCAGUGUGUCCGACUGCGGCGACACAAUCACCAUCGCCACACCCGAGAGCCUCACUGAACAGGUGGCCAUGACGCUGGCCAAUGCCAUCGGCGACGGCACCAUCCUGACCACCUCUGCCACAGAGGGCGCCAUGGAGACACAACACGCUGCCGUCACUGUGGUUGCAGCUGAAGACAUGGGAUUGAUGCAGCAAGAGGAGCAGUAUGUCAUCGCAUCACCUGAGGACAUGGAGAUUCAGACGGUGGUGGUGGUCUGAGGCAAAGGACCCAAAGGAAAUCACCCUCUCCAUGAACUCUGGGGAAAAGCAGUCUCCCGUGGAGCUGCUCAUUUUACUUAUCUGUGGUAGCAGUUUGUUCUCCCAACAUGCCUUAUUGUCUUGAAUAUCCAAAUAAUCUGCACUUAAAAGGAGGAAAAUUGGUUUCUUGAAGUGUGCAAACAUAUAAUUGCACUAAGUUAUUUUUAUAAUCAAUGUGUUGUAUGCAGUUAUCUGCAGACAAUGAUACCAAAUUAGCCUGACUAAUUAUUCCCUUCAGACCUGGUUGGCAGUGAACAACAAAUGUACUCUGCUGUUGAUGGCCAUUGUGCAGGAUGUAUUUCUUUAAGGUUCUCAGGGCAUAAGUGCUGAUCUAAGAUCAGUGUCAGCACACCUCAGACUUUAAUGCAUAGGAAUUAAAAAAACAAUCUGAACACUUUCCUGUUACAGUGCAUGUUUGUGCACAUAUUGUUCCAUGUAUUUGUUUGUUUAAUAGAUAAAAGCUCUCAUUGAAA